AACGGUGCACACGACACGAGCAAUAUUUUGGAUCCGUGCGAAAAUUUAGGAUAAAGUUUUGCAGUUUGUAAACUUUCAAAACAUCAGUGCACGUGGGACUCAAGCUCCACUACUUUGGAGGUGGCCAGUAGACGUUUAGGACCGUAAUUUAAAUGGCAUCUUUAGAUAGAGGUAAACCGGCCCAUACAGUUAUCCUCGUUAUGCCGAUGCUCUAUAUCUUUAUGUUGUGCUGUAUACAUGUAUGGCAUGCUGAAGCACAGCUUGGGCAAGGACUCGCCGAUGCCGACACCAUCCAACAAGCUCUUUGCAAUGACCUGAACAGCACUGUAUCCAACUCCUGGGCCGGAGAUUGCAUGUCAGAACUCUUUGAAAAGUAUGGAGAGGAUGGCAAGUUAGAGUACAAUGGCUUUAGACAACUCCUGGAGAAUAUGGGCCUUGGUGCUGUCAGAGAUGGCCUGAAGAAGCCCUCAAAUCAAGAAGGAAAUGUUUCACAGCCUGGUUCUGACGUGAAUUCCACCGCUGGUGCAAGAGCGAAGAGGAAAACUCAUAACAAUGAACAUGUCGAUCAUCACAAUACUUCGCUAGAACACACAUCCAAGUGCCUGUCCUCUGAUGAAAUCCUUGACACUUUUAAGGUUGUCCCAUCUGAAGGCAUCGUACCAUUACAGUUCCUCCAGCUAUGCCCCAUUUUACUCCAGCAGUUGGACAGUCAUGCCUGCAUCGUGUAUGACGUCCAUCUACCAGAUGAUGGGCACAACCACACAGACGAGCCUUCAGAAACCCCUUUUCAAGAACCGUCCAAGAUACAUCCAGGGCAACUAUGGGGCUACGCCAUCGGAGCAGUGACCAUGAUCAGCGUUGCCUCAAUAACCUGUAUCAUGAUGGUGCCAUGUAUUCAGCGCUUCCCUCUUGCGUACGGUCGGCUGCUUUCCUUUCUGGUUGCCAUGGCAGUGGGCACGCUUAGUGGUGACUCUGUCCUCCAUCUUCUACCUCAUGCCUUUGGGAUACAUGGGCACGAGGAGGACCCAUCGACCAUGCAUACAGCACACCCCCAUGAAACCCUGGAUCCAGAGCCAGAGACCAGCAAGCAUGUGGUGGUGUGGCGAGGGUGCGUGGUACUCCUGGGUAUCUUCAGCUUCUUCAUCUUCGAGCAGACCAUGCGCAUGUGCCAAAAGAGGCCCAAGAAAAGGCUUAUAACACUUGUUGAGGAGCCGCCAAGUCAGCAGGAGCUUAGUUGCCAUAGUAACCACAGCGAUGAGGAAUCAAAGCAAUCUCUCUCUGAAGAGGAAAACCAAAAUGCGCUGGGAAGUCAAGAGAUAGGGGAAAAGUUAUGUAACCAUAGCGACACGGCUCAUGAACUCAUUCCCAUGAUGCAUCAGGGAGGGACAGAUGAAGCUAAAGUGGUUAAUGAGCGUUACUCUGGUGUCUUCAGUUUCAAGCACAAAUCAUCAGUUAUACCACACACAGAGCUCACGGACAAAGAGAAAAUAGAUGAAGAGAGGGAAGAGAAGAAAAGCCAAUCUAGUCUCGAUCUGAGCAUGAAAAAGGACCAGGAGACAAGCUAUGGAGGCGUGUCGACAAGUAUAUGCAAGGAUCCAAGCCUCUUUAGUGUUUCUACUCCAAAGAAGGUGCGUGAAUCCGAUGGGAUUUCGUCUUCUCAGGAUCCCAACGAUGGUCUGCAGGACCAUGAACGCGCCUACCGCCCACACAGUAAUAGUGAUGGCCAUCACCAUCACCAUGGACACAGUCACCAUGGACACAGCCACGCCCCUGGAGGGAAGAUGGGCAUCUCUGCGAUUGCUUGGAUGGUUGUGAUGGGUGAUGGGGUGCACAACUUCACGGAUGGGCUCAUCGUUGGGGCGGCCUUUGCGGACAGCUUGGCAGGCGGUCUGAGUACAGCUAUUGCGGUCAUGUGCCAUGAAAUACCCCAUGAACUUGGUGACUUUGCUGUGAUGCUACGAGGCGGCAUGAGCAUCAAGCAAGCGUUGGCAUUCCAAGCAGUCUCGUCCAUCUUGGCCUACAUGGGCAUGGCUAUAGGCCUCAGUAUAGGACACCUCAGCUCCGUUAGUCUAUGGGUCUUUGCAUUAGCUGCAGGAGCGUUCCUUUACAUAGCACUUACAGAUUUGUUCCCUGAGAUGGUAGAAAGCAUGAACGUCACCACCGACAAUAAGUCCUGCCAUCUCUUGCUUCAAGUCCUUGGGGCCCUGUUUGGGGUCGGCACCAUGCUCAUUAUCGCGCUCUACGAAGAACUCCUCAUAGAGGCACUUGCUUAAUACCAAAGAAAGAUCGAUUCUUUGAGAAAUUCAGUAGUCAUGGCUAUUCAAAUGUGUUGUACCGUUUGCACUGUGUUUUCUCUCUCUAUCUUUUAGUGUAAAGGGUUGGAGUGGGUGCCAUACUCAUCCAACACUGAUGAUAUAAAGGUAUUAACAAAUAUCUGCAUUCAGGCCUGUGGAAGCUACAGAAAUUUCCAUUGAGUUCUAAGAAAAGAAAAAGAAAGAUAGGUGGCAGACUUUGAACCCAUACUUCUGUAUAAAUAUAAGCUGAAUAUUACUUUUGAAAAGGUUUUGCUCACAUGAAUGUCAUGAACUUUGUGAAUUGCAGUAGGGUCACGAAUAGGACAACACCUUAUAAUAUAAUAAGCAGGCGAUACGCAUAUAGAAUUGGUAUUGUCAGUAGCUUUGGCAAAUUACCCAAAUACAUCCACCCAAAGCAAUGUUUAUUUGCACACAUAUUGGAUUGUACAGUGAUGAAUUUUCUAUAUUUUUCUGCACCUGGUUGUUGUUUUAAAUGCUACUGUGAUAAGCAGCUUGCCACAAAAUUAAAGCUAAUCUCGAGCUCUGUUAUUGGAAUCGUAUCUUGAGAAAAAAUGGCUAUGAUUUAUUCUGGAUUGUUUAUCCUGCAGUAGAUUGGUUGUUUGAACCAGUGACUGGGUGAAAAAAAUUUAAAAAAUGCACAAAAACUUUAAUACUGGGGAUCAUCUUUGAUAAAAACCACAAUUCCCAUUUGCACAGCACAUGGUAUCGAGUCUAUUUACAUGGAUUUCCUUAUCUUUCUAUGCUCAUAACUCAGCCAGCAUACAUUUUCUACCAAACUUGUUUGGCACAUGCUAAUUAUUUGUAAUCUUGAACAAUCAGUGUGAGUUUCGCUGGAUUCUGUGAGAAUUUAUUUUCUACAUUUACCAGAACUCAAGUUUAUCUUUAAAUCAGGGAACAAGUAAUAAAAUUGAUUGAUCCACGUAUAUAGCCUCAUUAAAAAGGCAUGCUUGUAAAUUGGCAUUGUACCAUCCUGUCUGGUCUCAAUCUCUUACUUUUGGAUAGGAACAGAUGUAUAUGAAUUGCUUUCCAAAGGAGUUGUGAAUCAAUAGCAACUCUUGCUAAAAUGGGAUCCUUGAAUAUAGAGACAUACAUGUAAACCAUGUUAUUUGUCUAGGCCCAUAGAGCUACAGAGAUCAAUUCCUGCUCAUGGAGAAAUAGUGUACAAUGAUUACAUGGUGCCAAGUUUAACUUCUGUAUUGAUAUUGGAAGAGAAACUGAGAACUUUACUUGUGCAAUAUUGUGUAAAUUGUUGAUACCAUAAUCUUUGCCUCAUAAUAGUAAACCUAUUGUUGAAGUAUUUGAAUGCUUGCUUCUUUAAAGCAUAGUUCUUAAAGCAUUAUUGUUAUACUCCUGUUUGGUGAGGGUUUUGGGGGUAAAGAAUAAUGAGGGAAGCUGCUUGUACAUGGCGUGGAAAAGAUUAGACUUUUGCAUUGUCGGUCAAAUGAACAUACGUUUAUAAAGGCCAAUCAUACAUAGAAAAUGGCAUGAGUACAUGUAUGUUGAGCAUUUUAAAUGAAAUAUUAAAGGGGUCAAAGGCAGUGGUAUGUCAAUAAAAUAUUGUGGUCUUGAAAUCAAAACUAUAAUUGUUUCAAGGUGAUGGAGUAACCGAUAAGUGAGUAUUGUAACUUCAUAACUCAUUGGAAUUCAAUGUAUAUGUUUAUUGCCUUUUGGCCCAAUGCCAGCUCGUUUAAGUUCCUCCCAAUCAUAUUUAAUAAACAUUCUGAUCUGCUGUUAUCUAUUUUCCAUAAUACAACUUGGGUAUAUAGAAUAAACAGGUUCAGGCAAACAGUGAUAGAUUGAUACGUUAAUAGAUAAACUGGUUAUAGCCAGUUAAAUGAUAAACUGGUUAUAGCCAGUUAAAUGGAGGUAGACGAGCUGGCAUAUCACCAGUUUGCAAUAAAUCUGUGUUUGUUCCGAGCCUUUGAAUAGAAGGUACCAGGUACCUGUUGCAUUGCACCAGUUGUCAAUAAACCUGUACCUAAUUGAUGAAGCAGGUUUAUUCUAUUAAGCUUAUAUAUCAUGGAUAGAAAUAAAACCUUUGAGUAGAAUGUGAAUUCACCAAGUAUUUAACAACAUCUUGCCCAGAUACCUCAAAUGAAAUGGACGAAAACCUCAAACUUGAUUGAGACAAUGUCAAUCAUGAGCCUAGCUAUUAUUGUAGUAGCAUUUAGGCUAUUAUUAUUUUUUUAUUCUGAAUUUAUUACUGUGCCGUAUGUGCCAACCCGAAACCGCAUUGAACAUUUUGCAAUCGUGUGUGUGUGUGUGCGCGUUUCUGUUGACUUUAAAUGGAAAUGCUUAUAUUGCUUAAUUACUUAAUACAUUUAGAGAUUUGUCUGCUUCUAGGAUCCAAAGUGCCAAGAAAAGUUACCUAUUAUAACAACUGCAGAAAAACAGUUCAGCUAAUGAUCGAAUAUGUGAUAUGUUCUCUCUUUCUUGUUGUUGAGAUAUUUGUAUAGCUCAUUGUCCAAUGUGUCAUGAACUGUUCUGAAAUCAAAGAGUGUUCUAUGAUGACUGUUUGUUCACCGAUCACGAGAGUACCUAUUAUGUUGUUCCAUUCAAUUGGUCUUCCUAUACAUCUCAAUAGGAACUAGUUUGUUUCAUUUCUUGACAUGUCAACUCAAGCAGCAUUUCUUAGCGCCUUGAGGACCUUGCAAGGUCGAUAAGUGCGCUAUAUAAAAAUCCAAUAUUAUUAUUAUUAUUAUAAAUUGACUAUGCUUAGAUUGGGAAGUGGACAUUGAGACCAUUACAAAGGCAAGUGCUAUUGAUAGAAACAAAUCUUUUUUUGACAGAAUGGUUUUCGCAAGUGUUGAUGUUGUGUCUAAACAAAUGGUAGUUUAUUGGGGUGGUGUUGUAACUUUUUCACAAACCUUUUAUCACCUUUAUCAGUGUUAUAAAUUUCUUUUUUUAUUGUAAGACAAAUAACCAAGAAUCAGUCUAUUUGUAUCAAGUGUUUAGAGUAGUUUUGCCAGUUUACUGGGGUGGAUUCAUAUGCUUUCUACACAGUAUUCAUAGUGAGAUAUACAUUUCUAAUUAUGGAUGAAAGUACAAAAGUCAAAAGUUAGUCAUUUGAAAUUUGUGAUUUCUUUGGUUCUUGAAUGGCUCAAAUCUCGGACAUAUUGUGGAUUUAAACUAAAAUUCUUGAAUUAUUCUAGUUUGCAUUUUAGGGAUGGCCCUCUCACAGAAAUAUUUCAAAUAUUUUGGACGUUUUCUGUCACUAUAGAUAUUUACUUUUUAUGACAGAUUUAUUUAUCUAUACAGAUGAUAGGAUUGAUACCAAAGCUUUGAUAAUGUAUGUUAAGAGCCAGAAGGUUGUUGACUCUUUGUUAAAGUGUAUGAGUUGAUGCCCUUCGGGCUCAAAACAGACAAACUAUAACAGUUGUUUGAUGGGGUUAUAACAACAAUUAUCUGGUUUCAUGUGCUAUGUUAAUAUAUAUAUACAUGUACAGUCUAACCUGCUGUAGCCAGAGAUACCACCUGUCUAUAAAGACCACUUUGUACUUGAGUGGUCUAAGUAUACAGAAUCCAAUGCACAUGCACAUUACUUGUGACCUAAUGGCUAUUAGGUGAUGGUAACAAAAAAUAGCUGCAGCAGACUAAAUACACAUGUAUAAUCGAUAUGUAUAUACACUUAAGGAUAGUACAUGUAUUUUCGCUUUUUCUGAAUGUAUUUUACCAAGUUUGUUACUAAAAAAUAGUGUUAUUUUGUUCUUUGAAAAUUCUUACGUCACACAUUUAAAUUUGGCGUGUAACUUGUUUCUUGUCAAUAAUUGUAGUUGUACCAUUUAAUACCACAAGGUAAAGGUACUGAUUAAAAAUCCUUGUAAGGAGUUAUAUUGGCUUAAUCUGCAUGUAUAAAUACAUACCUGCCAACUACUACGAUUUUGGUGUAAUUAUUAUGAUUUUUUGUUUUAAAUUACGCCUUACGAUUUUGUAUCACAAAAUAACGAUUUUUUUUUUAUUUACUUAUUUUUUUAAUUUUUUUUUUUUGUGCCCGUUCACCUGGCACUGUCCAGGCCGACGCUUAACCGUGCCCGGGAGAGAGCACCGACAUGGUACCAUGGGUAAAAAUGUUUCACAGCUCAAUCACUGUCAACUCAACACUCAGAAACUGUGACCAAAUGUCCAGAUUUGUGUUUGGACUCGGAGAAAAAUUAUUCUGUCCUCUUUGGUUUAAAAUCAGCAUUGUUUACUAUUAUUAUUUUUAUUAGAUCAGCGCGUUCAACUGCAACUCAAAGUAAAAUCGUGUGAGUUUUCGAUGACGGGCCUGGUAUAUCAUACUUCUACUUCUACCGUAGUAUGGUGGUGUAAAAUAAAAAAAUGUAUUUGAGUAUUUGCAUGUAAGCCUGGGAGUGUACUCGAGUACCUCAUUACACGCUUAUGCACAGCCCUUUAUUUUUCUCCUCCGGGUUCUAUUUCAUCAGGGGAAUUUGAGCUUUUAGUCCUUGUUUUGGUUUGUUUUUUGUGGGGGAGGGGGUUGCAUAAGUGUUGAAAAAUGAGUUUAAAAGUGAAGGAAAAGGGCAUUCCUACAUGUUGAAAAUACCAAAGGCUCCCUACCGUGGGAGGGGGGACAGCCCUCUCCAAAACCCAACCCCUGCUUGGUCGCUUCGCUCCUUCGUUCUGUCGCUCCGCUCCGUCGCAGUCCCCGUAAAAAAUGAUUACUAUUUUUAGUCUUCAAAGGUUGGCAGGUAUGUAAAUAAAUUUCUUAUAAUGGAUUUUUUGAUAUUGUAAAUGAAUGUACCAAGCUUGUAAAAUGCAGAGGAAAAGACAUUGGUAUGUAAGAAGUAAUACACCCCCUAUAUUUGCAAUACUAUUAUGUAAUUAUCAUUUAAUUUCUUCUGUACUCACUUCUUGAUUUUUUUCUAUUUCCAUAUAUAUAAAAACUGAGUAUUAUUAUUAUUAUUAUUAUUAUUAUUAUAUGUCCAAUUGCCCAAUCUCAUUUAUAUAAUUCAGAAUUUACAAUGAGAAAAAAAAGCAUUCAGUUUUAAUGAA